AGCAGCGCUUUGGCGUGUGGAUACGCAGAGAUAGGUGAUGGUUAGAGGAGAUGUGAGUGGCGUCGGCCUCAGCUCUCCAAAGCUGUAGGCUUUGGCUGGGAGUGGCGUGGCGCACUCUGCCCCAGCAGACCGAAAACCACCUGUAUGGAUGAGCAGACCUCCGGCGGGAUCAAGUCGCCCUCGUCUGCCAGGCACCGCGGAAACAACGUGACAGUCAGUCUGGGUUAUGCCGGGGUGGAGAGGGGCAGCAUGACGGUGGAAAACAUGCUGGAGGACUCCGCCGUGCUGUCGGCGCCUCACCUGUCCGUGGAGCGGUACGAGCGCAGCCGGCAGGGCUGCUGCGAGCGGGUGGUCAUCAACAUUUCGGGGCUCCGCUUCGAGACGCAACUGAAAACUUUCAACCAGUUCCCCGACACGCUGCUGGGAGACCCGAGGAAGAGGAUGCGCUACUUUGACCCACUGAGGAAUGAGUACUUCUUCGACAGGAACAGACCCAGCUUUGAUGCCAUCCUGUACUACUACCAGUCAGGUGGGCGCAUAAGGAGACCCGUGAAUGUCCCCAUUGAUAUCUUCUCGGAGGAGAUCAGGUUUUACCAACUCGGAGAGGAGGCCAUGGAGAAAUUCCGAGAGGAUGAAGGUUUUAUAAAGGAAGAGGAGCGAGUACUCCCCAAAAACGAUUUCCAAAAGCAGGUUUGGCUUUUGUUUGAGUAUCCUGAGAGCUCGGGGCCAGCGCGAGGAAUAGCUAUCGUUUCAGUGCUUGUUAUUUUGAUUUCUAUAGUUAUUUUCUGCAUGGAGACUCUACCGGAAUUUCGGGAUGAGAAAGACCAAGCCACGGUGGCGCCAGCAGUUAAUGGCACUGCGCCCUCCGUGCCAAGCCCGUUCACUGACCCCUUCUUUGUUAUCGAGACGCUGUGUAUUAUAUGGUUCUCGUUCGAGCUGCUGGUCAGGUUCUUUGCCUGCCCCAGCAAAACUACCUUCUCCAAAAACAUCAUGAAUAUCAUUGACAUCGUGGCCAUCAUCCCUUACUUUAUCACUCUGGGGACGGAGCUGGCGGAGAGGCAGACCAACGGCGGCCAGCAGGCGAUGUCCCUGGCCAUCCUGAGAGUGAUCAGACUGGUGAGAGUCUUUCGUAUUUUUAAGCUCUCACGACACUCGAAGGGACUUCAGAUUCUGGGACAGACCCUCAAGGCGAGCAUGCGGGAGCUGGGCUUGCUCAUCUUUUUCCUCUUCAUCGGAGUCAUCCUCUUCUCCAGCGCGGUUUACUUCGCGGAAGCGGACGACCCCUCGUCCAGCUUCACCAGCAUCCCCGACGCGUUCUGGUGGGCGGUCGUCACUAUGACCACGGUGGGAUACGGAGACAUGCACCCCGUGACCAUCGGUGGGAAAAUAGUGGGGUCGCUGUGCGCGAUCGCGGGCGUGCUGACCAUUGCCUUACCCGUGCCAGUGAUUGUGUCCAACUUCAACUACUUUUACCACCGGGAGACGGACGGCGAGGAGCACCCGCACUACCUGAACGCGGGCAGCUGCGAGCACCUCCCCGCGGAGGAGCUGCGGAGGUCGUGCAGCUCCUCGUCCCUCAGCAAGUCCGAGUACAUGGUGAUAGAGGAGGGCAUCCACAGCGCGUUCAAACAGCCCAACUUCACCACGGAGAACAACCAGAACUGCGUGAACAUCAAAAAGAUCUUCACGGACGUGUAAAUGCGCCCCGACGCUGAGCAUGAACCAACAGUAGCUAUGAUAUUUUUCUAUUUAGCCGAUCGUAACGUGUCAGUCCAUAUCUGUGGAUGAACGCAGCAAAUGUCAGUUUUAACAAGACAUUUAUAGCUUU